AUGUUCUACACCAUCCUGUUCCUACCCGUGUCUAUCUAUAAAAACGGAUGUGUUUUCCACUCCGCUACCAUUGGUCUACCCCCUGUUGACCUAUGGACAAUUCCCCCCCUCGGCCAAUCACCGGACUCCGACCGGCCCUCAACAUUCCGACCAAGAGAGCAUCUGGAGAGUCUGAUCGUAAAGCACGGUUACCCCACUCCCGUGUCGCUCUCAUCCCUAAGGGAUUUGACGGCCACUUCAUCUACUUAUACUCCCCCUUCGCCCCGUCGUCCAUACCAUCCGGAUUCUCUUCCAAUCGACGCUUUCGAUUCGCUUUCUCUGUCCUCAGCCACCAGACCCAUUCCCAUUCCAAGACGACCAAGUCUAGCGUACGAAGAAGACUUGCCUGUCACACCACUGACCGGCCGUUUCGAUCACGACGACUACUUUGACGAUUGGGAACGCGCGUCACAAUCCGCCAGAUCCCGGCAUAUCCCUUCGCCGAUCCGGUCCAACCGUACCGGCCGUUAUACUUCCAGGCCAACACCACCCAGGACAAGCAUGAGGUCUGAUAGUUCGCCCUUUUAUUCCCCGGUUGCUUCUCCAGUCAUGUCACCGCGACGCUCAACGUCCCCCCAAGCCCCUCGUUCUCGAACCCAGAACACAGCCAAGCCAAAGCCCAUGCCGGGCUUCCAUCUUGGCGCCUUGCCCCGAUUUCAUCCUGCUGUUUAUCAGCCCAAUGCCACUACUUCACUUGGGGAGCCGGCAUCUCCGCGGCAAUCCCGACAGCCCACUUACCGCACCUCUGCCAGCUCACGAGGAGACGUGAUGUGGCAGUACCGCGAGUUUAUGGAGAAUACCCAUCAAGGUCCCUCAGCGCCCCGCCUGGAUCCGCUGGUCAGUCCUGGCCCCGUCACUCCGCUGGCGUUGGAGGCCGGCGACUACCUCACCAGCGGCUCGUUGAACAACACUUCUGAGCGGACCCCGCGAGAUGUGCCCAAGAAUUCAGGACCUCCUGCCGAGCUGGUUGAGAAAUUGAUUGCGUUUGAAGAGAAGGCCCGCAAGGCCCGCAAGGCUGCCAAGGGCCGAUGA